CUGAAAACGGAAGCUACUGUUUACUUGGUUGGUGAAUUAGACGUUUGACGUUUCAGAUCACCGCUUUCGCUCCACUAGCUAGCUAUUCACACAGCGGACUAUUUGUCCACUCAUGCGCUAGGCCCUAUGUUAAACUAUUUGACAACCGCUUCCAGAUUAUUUCUCCGAAACACCGUGCCCAUCUCGUCGAGGUGUAACUACAACAUAAUUUGUCGGUUUUACAGGAGAAUGGAUCGAGCCGUGGUAAGAUGUGUCCCGUGGGAAUCCAAACUCACUAUUUCUUUCGUCCUUGAUGGAAGCAAUAAACACAUGCUCAGGGACCAAACGGAGGAGCUAGGCAAAGCACUGGCACGGAUCGCAAACAGUAUCAUCAAGGGCCAGGGCAAAGCUAAAAAAUCAAAGAAAAACAAAGGCGCGUCCACAGACGCCCAGGAGCCCUCUGCACCCGGGAGGUUGUACUACAACGGAGACUUUGUAGCAGAAGAUGCUAUAAACUCAGAUGCCUGGCAGGAUGGGGCCAUUUUACACGUGGGUGACAGUAAGUACACAGUGGAGAGAAACCCACCCACAUUCAUCACGGCAGAGCUGCCCGUAUCUCUACUGGCCGGGUUCCCCGUUUGCCCGAAACUCAAGGUAGAAUUCGGGGAUUUAAAAGACUGUCGAUUUAAAUGGUUCAAGGAGAACAAGUCCGGUGCCGGUGAUGAGGAGCUUCGAGGAGAGAAUAGUUGGACCGAGACGGGGAGCGAACGGGUGUUUAUCCCCUCAAAUAUGGAUAUUGGCUCCAAGCUUAAACUGACAUGUACCCCGGGUGACGGCGAACGGUGUGGGAUGGACAAGGAGUUAGUAACCACCGGUACGGUCGAAGCAGGGCCCGGUUCAUGUACUUUUGACAACAGACACAUGUACACCAACAAGGUCACAGAUGACAUGACCAUCAGAGUAGUGUCAUACAAUAUCUUAGCUGACGUUUACGCACAAACGGACCUCUCCAAAACCGUCCUGUACCCUUAUUGUACUCCCUACGCGUUGGAACUGGACUACAGACAAAGUCUGAUUAAAAAAGAACUGUCAGGUUAUAACGCUGACCUCAUCUGCCUUCAGGAGGUGGACAAGAACGUGUUCUCCGACAGUCUGUCUCCGGCCCUGGAUGCGUUCGGCUUCGACGGGGUCUUCAGGAUUAAGGAGAAGCAACACGAAGGUUUGGCCACCUACUACAGGAGGUCAAAGUUUAAACUUCUCAGUCAACACGACAUCAUGUUGAGUGAAGCUCUGACGUCAGACCCAAUCCAUGAAGAACUGUUGGACAGAGUGAACAGCAACCCUGCCAUGAAGGAGAAGGUGACGCAGAGAUCUACCACACUACAGGUGAGUGUUCUGAACGAUCUGAACGAUCCAUCCAAGAAGAUCUGUGUCGCCAACACCCACCUCUACUGGCAUCCCAAAGGUGGGAAUGUCCGUCUGGUCCAGAUGUCAGUAGCUCUGAGACACCUGCAGCAGGUGAUCACCCAGAGUUACCCCGACGCCUCGCUCAUCUUCUGCGGUGACUUCAACAGCACCCCGUCCUCGGGGGUCUUCCAGCUGGUGAACCAGGGGGUUCUGCACACCGCCCACCCGGACUGGAACUCCAACGGAGCGGACGAGCUCUGUCCCAUGGAGGUCGUCCACCCUUUCCAGCUGAGUAGCGCCUGCGGGGAGCCGGCCUAUACUAACUAUGUAGGGGGAUUCCACGGCUGUCUGGACUAUAUCUUCAUGGACCCACGGGUGCUGAGGGUAGAUCAGAUGAUCCCUCUGCCCAGCCACCAGGAGGUCAUUACCUGUCAGGCCCUUCCCAGCGUCUCACACCCCUCUGACCACAUAGCGCUGGUCUGUGACCUCAGGUGGAAGUGAAGUAAAUCUCUCUCCCCCCCCCUCUAUACAGCAGUCUGUCUCUGUACCAGGGCCCCUUACAGUGUGUCUCUGUUCCAUGUCUGUCUCUGUACCAGGGCCCCUACAGUCUGUCUCUAAACCAUCUGUCUCUGUACCAGGGCCCCUACAGUGUGUCUCUGUACCAGGGCCCCUACAGUCUGUCUCUAAACCAUCUGUCUCUGUACCAGGGCCCCUACAGUGUGUCUCUGUACCAGGGCCCCUACAGUCUGUCUCUAAACCAUCUGUCUCUGUACCAGGGCCCCUACAGUGUGUCUCUGUACCAGGGCCCCUACAGUGUGUCUCUGUUCCAUGUCUGUCUCUGUACCAGGGCCCCUACAGUGUGUCUCUGUACCAGGGCCCCUACAGUGUGUCUCUGUUCCAUGUCUGUCUCUGUACCAGGGCCCCCUACAGUGUGUCUCUGUACCAGGGCCCCUACAGUGUGUCUCUACCAUGUCUGUCUCUGUACCAGGGCCCCCUACAGUGUGUCUCUGUACCAGGGCCCCCUACAGUGUGUCUCUGUACCAGGGCCCCUACAGUCUGUCUCUAUACCAUCUGUCUCUGUACCAGGGCCCCCUACAGUGUGUCUCUGUACCAUGUCUGUCUCUGUACCAUGUCUGUCUCUGUACCAGGGCCCCCUACAGUGUGUCUCUGUACCAUGUCUGUCUCUAAACCAUGUCUGUCUCUGACCAGGGCCCCUAUCCAUAAAGCAUCUCAGAGUAGGAUUAUUAUUAUUAUUAUUAUUCUGAUUAUAUACUGUAUGGACAGGGGUGGGGCUGAUCCUGGAUCUGUAUUCCCCUGAGAUGCUUUCUGAAUACGUGCCCAGUGAUUGAGAAACAUGAAUCGAGUCAAAUCCAUAAACAAUGGGAUGUGGAGGAUCAGUUUAGUAACAGUUUGAGUAAAUGAAAUGGUUUCUUCUUCAUUAUAUCUUCCCGUGUGGCUCAGUUGGUAGAGCAUGGUGUUUGCAACGCCAGGGUUAUGGGUUCGAUUCCCACGGGGGACCAGUACAAAGAAAUACAUGAGAUGAAAUGUAUGCAUUCGCUACUGUAAGUCGCUCUGGAUAAGAGUGUCUGCUAAAUGACUAAAAUGUAAAAAUGUAAAAUGAUAUCCUUCAACCAACAAGUUAAUCCAUGUACGACUGUUUAUCAGACAGGACCUUCUCCUUUUGCCAUUAUUCAGUUGUAAUUUAAUUGAAUAAAGAUGCGUUUCGCUAUCCAUCACACAAAACCCUUCAGUGAUGGAAACACUU